AUGGUCUCUGCGUUACUUGAAGGCGCAGUCGUGGCCAUUGCCGACUCUUCCGAUAAUAUUACCCAGCCACAAGUCUUUGACGCAUAUCGCAGCCUCCUCAAGUAUGCUGAGCAUCUUCAGGGGACGACCAUGAGCAAGCUCCUUGAUUCGAUAUCUUCUGCUUUCCAGUCCCAGGUAGACGCAACCAUACGCGACAUAGAGGCGGAGGAACAAGACACGUAUAUUCUGCACAAGACUGCGCUGGAGAUGUACGCGUUCCUACUGCAGUGGUUCGUAACCGCGGCGGAGAAGGUCAAGGUUACGGGCGACGAAGACGCUCCGGCGCAGCCGCCUCGCGCGAGGAGGGGCCGGGGAGGAAAGGCUGCAGCCGCAAGAGCGGUUGCUGCCCGGCGGACUGAACACUGGUCAUGGCAAGACCAGAUUCCUGCUGCACUCAUGCUCGUCAGCAAGGUACUUCGCCUGAGGACGCAGCGGUUGUGGACUACGACGCCAGAGAAGGAUACAUUCAUAAACUGUCUGCUGGUCCCAGCAUACCGAAUCUCUGAGAACGAAGGUUACAUGAAGUCGCAGGAAAUCCGCCUUGGCGUGUACAAAUGCGUUUGUCUCGCGGUCAAGCACCAUGGGCACAUUCUUACUGCGCAAAUUACCAUCAUGCAAAGCCUGCAAUACUACGAGCAUCUCUCGGAACCUAUGGCCGAAUGCCUUAUGAUCCUGUCGAAGGAGUUCGAUCACUCCCAACUCUGCGACGAGAUCCUCCGUGAAAUCGCUGGGAAGGCCUUUAACGCUCAGGAUACCAAGGGCCCCAGGGCGUUCUCUAGGUUCCUGGUACGGCUCACGGAGUUGGCCCCGCGGCUGGUGCUCAAGCAAAUCAGUUUGCUGCUCACACAUCUAGACUCCGAGUCCUACCCUAUGCGUAUGGCUCUUGUAGAAGUCAUCGGGCAUCUCAUUCGCGAGAUUGCCGUCUCCGCCGACCUCAAUAUGGACCAGCAGCAGAGCCAGAAGCAACUCAACGGCCUCUACGAUCUCCUGCUCGAACGCACCCUCGACCUGUCAUCGUACGUUCGGACGAAAGUUCUUUCUACUCUCGCGAAGCUCUGUGACCUGCCCGUCAAGUUCCCGAAGCAGCGGCUCGCCAUCACACGUGCCGCCGUCGACUGCCUCGAGGACAAGGCAGCUGGUGUACGCAAAACGGCUGUCCUGCUCAUCGUCAAGCUCAUCGUCACGCAUCCAUACGGACUGAUGCACGGCGGUCUACUCGGCCAGCGGGAGUGGGAGACGCGGUACGAGGCCGUUGUGCAGGAGCUGCAAAAGGUCGAGAAGGAAGUCGCAAAAGCUGUGCAGCGAGUAGAUGGCGAUGCCAGGGAUGGGGAUGAGGAAGGCAAGGAGGGUGAGGACGAAGAAGUUAUGGACGGAGCGGACGAUGCGGAAGAAAAACCUCGCAAGAAGAAGCGCCAAGCACACGAGCGAGACGACGACGUUGAAAUGGCAGAUGAAGAGGGGGGUACAGAAGCUCAGCCUAAGCGCGAGAAGAAACCACGCAAGUCGCAGCUGAACAUCGACGCACUCCAGUCAGAAGCUGAAGCAAUGGCGAUUCUGGAUAGCAACGAGAUGCUUCAUUUGAAGCUCAGGAAACGAUACUAUGCGGAAGGUCUAAGCUUUAUUCGCCAAAUUGAGCAAGGCAUGAAAGUCAUCGAGCAGCUCCUCGCGUCUACGUCGAAGGCGGAAGUGCUGGAGGCUAUGGAAUUCUUCCGUGUUGCGCAUGAAUAUCAAUUUGAUGGUGCUGAGGUCGGCAUCAAGAAGAUGCUUCACCUGAUCUGGCACAAAGACCACUCCUCAACGAACGAAGAUGGCAAAGAGCUCAAAGGUAUUCGGCCACGUCUCCUCGAGUGCUACCGCAGCCUGUACUUCGAUCCCUUGCCCGACAUGGAACCGAAGCAACAAGUCAAUCGAAUUGCCAAGAACAUGAUUGAGCUUACGUACGACGCCACGUUGGCAGAGUUAACCAGUCUAGAAGAGACGAUGCGCAUCAUGAUGGAGGACAGUCAAGUGCACAAUGAUGUUAUUACAAAGCUGUGGCAGGUGUACAGCUCUGAGCGGCCGCUUCCGCGGGCACAACGUCGCGGCGCUGUCAUCAUCUUGGGUAUGCUUGCACUCGCAAGGCGAAGCGUCGUGGCCGACCGUGUUGACACUCUCGUAAAAAUUGGUCUCGGCAAGCUCGGUCAGACCGACUUACUUCUCGCCCGAUACACUUGUGUCGCCAUUCAGCGACUGAAUGGUAGUGCGAAGAAAGUGAAGGGCUCCUUGCUCGACAAGAGCAUCCGCCUCGAGCUCGAUAAUCCACUCUUCAGGAAGCUUCAGGACGCACUCGAGCACCCUUGCAGGCACAAGGAUUGGUUCGGCAUGGCCGAGCAGGCCAUCAACACUGUCUACGCGCUCGCAGAGCGGCCGGACGUCUUCUGCGACGGACUUAUCAAGAACCUGGCUCGUCGGGUGUUCGGCGUAAAGCAGGGCAAGGAAGUACGAUCAGCGAGUGUCGGGACUCCUGAUCCUGAUGCGGGCCCUGAUGCAAUGGUCUUGGACGAGGAUAAUGCAGAGCCGAAUUCGACGCCUGGUCCGGCCAGUGCUGCAAGUGCUGCCGAGGCUGGGGACAAGGAUGUUGGAGACGCCUUUGAGCUGAGUCAGUUGCUCUUCGUCGUUGGUCACGUCGCGAUCAAGCAAAUCGUGUUCCUCGAGCUGGUGGAGCGCGAGUGGAAGAGGCAGAAACACGAACACGAGCGAGCCGAGAAGGCCACACGAGGGCCACAAGCUGACAAGAACGCUUCGAAAGACACUGUCGAAGAGCUGGACCAAGUUGUUGGCAACGCCGAAGACGAUAUUGGUGACCGCAUCACUCACAUUCGGGAGCAGGAGCUGCUUUUUGAUCAUAACUCGUUGCUGACGAGUUUUGGACCUAUGCUCGUCCACAUCUGCGGCAGUCCUCACAAAUUCAAGAAUCGCAUUUUACGAGCGGCAGCAACCUUGGCCUUCAGCAAGUUCUUAUGCGUCAGCUCAACGUUCUGCGACCAACACCACCAGCUUCUCUUCCGAAUCCUCGAUACGUCAAAAGAUCCAAGCAUUCGCAGCAACAUUGCCAUUGCACUUGGCGACGUUGCAGUCUCCUUCAGCACCGUCAUUGACGAGAACAGUGACGAGCUCUAUAAGGGGCUGUCAGACAAGGACAUCAUUGUCAAGAAGAAUACGCUCAUGGUGCUGACCCAUUUGAUCUUGAACGGCAUGAUCAAGGUCAAGGGCCAGCUUGGUGAAAUGGCCAAGUGCCUUGAAGAUAGCGAUGAGAGGAUUGCCGACCUCGCGAAGCUGUUCUUCUCUGAGUUGGCGACGAAAGACAAUGCGAUUUACAACAAUCUUCCCGAUGUCAUCAGUCACCUCUCUGUCGGUACCCAUGCUGUGGAUGAAGAGGCAUUCCAGAGCACCAUGAGAUAUAUAUUCAAGUUUAUUGAGAAGGAAAAACAAGCAGAGAACAUCGUCGAGAAGCUCUGCCAACGCUUCCGUUUGUCAGAAGAAUCCCGUCAGUGGAGAGAUAUCGCCUUUUGUCUGUCACUGCUGCCGUUCAAGAGCGAGCGCUCGGUCAAGAAGCUUGUUGAGGGUCUGCCCUUUUACCGCGACAAGCUGCACGAAGAGGACGUCUAUGCGCGUUUCCAGGAGAUCCUGGCCAAGGCGCGCUCAAACAAAUCACCGAACAAGCCUGAGACAGAGCUCAAUGAGUUCGAGAGUAUUCUGGACGAGCACAGGCGACAGGGCGCAGAGGAUCAGGCGUUCGAGAAACGUGUCGAGAAGAAUAAGGCUGCCGCACGCAAGAAGGCCGGACGGCGAUCUGCGCGGAAGAAGGCCACCGUCCAGGAGGAGCAAGAGGAGGAGUGAGCUGUGCUUUCUCGAUGCUUAGUCGCGUUUUCUUCCUUCGGCUGGAGUUGAGUACUAUUCUAUAUGGAUAUUUAUUGCUGGUGGUCUUCUCAGAUGUAUCUCUACGCGAUGUCAUGUUUCAAUAGACCCAUAGCUUGGAGUACGCCAAU